GCACAAUCCUCCUGUCCCCGGAAGGAGGAAGAGGGUUUUCGCACAGGGAGGAAAGUCUGUUGACAGCAGAGAUCACACCCAGGCCACUGACAAGUGUCCAACACACCGACUGCUUCUUUCACCCGCCCGGCGUCGCAGUCUGCUGUUCGGACCCAGCGGGAGCUCUCAGGGUAUGGGAUAUGGCAGCUACUGAAACGCAGUUUAUGUUAAGCGUCGGACUAAUCGAGAAAGAUGUGAAUGGAGACACACUGUGGGUGUGGUGCUACCCCUCUGUGGGCUCGGACCUGAGGCAAGUCCUGCUCAGGAAGUGCUGUCUGACACAGGACGGCCGGGAUUUCCACACCUUUGUGUUUGGUCAGUUCUGUCGUACGUGGUACUACAUCACCACGGUGGAGGUACAGGAGCCCACAGCGCUGAACAAGGUCACUCAUUUUUCAAUAGUUGUCACAGCGAAAGACUUCAACCCAGAGAAGUAUGCUGCACUUAGCAGAAUCCUCUGCAGGAUGUACAUCAAACAUGGCAGUCCGGUGAAAAUGAUGGAGGCUUACGUCACCGUCCUCACCAAAGGAAUUUGUCAGAGUGAUGAAAACGGCUCAUUUCUAAUUAAAGACUAUGAUGUCCGGAAAGCGUACUUGGCCGGUUCAGUCAAAGAUGUGGUGUCCCAGUUUGGUAUGGAGACCAUCAUCCUGUACACCGCUCUAAUGCUGAAGAAGAGGAUCGUUGUCCAUCACCCACGGAUUGAAGCCUUGUUGGAGUUUACAAGAGUACUGCCCACUCUGACAUGGCACAGGAAAGACUGGUCCAUCCUGCACCCGUACGUGCAUCUGAUGGAUAUUGAGCUGGAGGAUCUGAAGAAAUGCCCCGGGUAUGUAGCAGGAUUUGUAGAUCCUGAAGUGAGCAACAGAUCGGACUUGUUUGAUGUGUAUGUGAACCUCCCAGACAGCGUCAUCACAGUAUCCCAGAGUGCCAAAGAGGCCAUGGCUAUGGGGAAGUUACAUAAGGAAGUUGGCCACCUUAUUGUCCAGUCUGCAGAGGAUGCCGACAGGUCAGAUAGUCAGGUCAUUAAGGAUAUUUCUAUCAAGACUAAAGAGAUUCUUACCAACUUGGUGGCCCUGGCUAACGAGUGUGAAGACUCCAAAAUUACAUUGGAAGUUUUAAAGCAACAUCAUUUCCCUCCGGCAACAGAGAACUUCCUCUUUCAUUUGGCAGCUGCUGAGCAGCUCUUACGGAUAUAAACGUGUUCUAAGACAGUGUACUGCGGGUGUCAGCAGCACAGACUCUGUGCUGUGCUGUGCUGGUUUGUAGAUUUUGGGAUAAUUACUGUAUUAAGUGAGAAAGUGUCACUUGGAUCAAAUUGUAUCGUCCAGUGUUGUACUAAUAUGUCACAUGACGCAUCUUGUACCAAUACCAGGAUGUUUCACAUCAUAGAGUCAAAGGAUACGUUUGGCAAUCCUUGUUAAAACCCAUGAAAAGACCAAAAUGAACAAUGAAUUGAUCAUAUUAGGUAUUGUCUUUGUAUCCGAAGCUUAUGUAUCUGAUUCCACAACAAUGAGUUGCAUUGUUAAACUGGGAGAUGUGUUCCUGCUGCCUCAUGACAGCACCAA